AAAUAGUUGAAUUGAAGAAAUUUAAUCAAGUUGGAAAAUUUAGUCAAAUUAACAACUUUUUUUCUCAGUGUACAUCGAGAACAAAAAAGCCAUUUGAUCGUAAUACAAUAAAACUGCAACAAAUACUCUUUAUCGCUAAACCUUUAUUUUUCUUAUUUCCAAUAAUUAUACAUCUAUUUUAUUUCAAGUUUUAUCGUACAAAACGAUAAUGCAGUUUGGCACAAUUACAACAGAUUAGUGACAAAAAAUUAUUUGAUUUUAGAAUCCAAUGACAUCAAGAGACUCUCGAGUUUCCAAAUUUUACUACAGGACACGCAGCAUCAUUAACAAUUUCUAUUUGUAUACAGUCAAGAUAUAGUCGAGAAGCCGCAGUAUCGCAAUUCGUCUACCGACUGGUGUGUCGUGUGUAUUAUAAUGUAUACAAUCUGGAGCAAAAAUACCAGUUCACAGUGAUGUAGUAAGGUGAAUCGUAGCCCGAACUUCCCCCAUCUCCCUCUAGCGACCUACAGUCUACAGUCGGUCGGCCAACCGUCGAAAAGGAGAAGGCGCAACAGGGCUCGUGGAGGGGAGUAUGUCGCAAGUGCGAUUCUACUCCAUUGCUAUUCGAACGGCACUUUUGAUCUCGAUUGUAUAUCGUCGCGCUAUAUCGCCUUCACACAAAUCAUCGAGGUGUGUGUGUGCGCGCUACGCUACAGCAGCAGUGCUACGGCACGGCGGUAACGAAGGUUAGGUGUAACCGUGUCAGGGAGAAACGUGGCGUGUGUGAGUCGUGGCGCGCCGAGGAGGAAAGGUGUUUCAUCGGCAAAAGGAAGAAAGAAAGGAAGAAAGAAAGAAAGAGAGGAAAGACUCCACGUCGUCGCCACGGCGAUUCACCUUGACGUCGCCUGUCACUCGAGGCUGUGCUUCGAGUCGUGAGGAAACACCGGGGAACGAGCCCCCCGUCGCAAGCGACACAGCGCGAACCUCCCGGGAGGGCUGGCGGGGAGACCGAGAGAGAGAGAGAGAGAGAGAGAGAACUCCCCUCUCCUCUUCGCUCUCCUCCUCCUUCUCCUUCCACGAGGAAUUACCAAAAUGGUGGCGCGAGACAACGCGGGUGAUGUGUAGGCAGAUAUUAUCGGUUCGCAUCGCGAGGCUAGAGGUUUCAGGGUGGUGCGAGGUGGUACGCGAGCGUGACUGCGCGAGGCGGCAGCCGACGGAGGAGGCAGCAUGGGCGACCCGAAGAGCCAGCACGGCGCGCAGGAGAUGAAAGGCUGGCUUUUCAAGUGGACGAACUACCUGAAAGGUUACCAGCGGCGAUGGUUCGUCCUGUCAAACGGCCUCCUGUCGUACUACAGGGCUGAACCAACAGGGGGGCCAAAAUCAUCGCGACGCAAGCGGAGGGCUGGCAGAGCCUCCGAGAACCCCGCGGAGAUGUCUCACACCUGCCGCGGCACGAUUUCCUUACACGGGGCCUUAAUACACACGGUGGACGCCUGCACCUUCGUCGUGAGCAACGGUGGCACGCAGACCUUCCACAUCAAAGCGUCGACCGAGGUGGAGCGACAGCAGUGGGUCACAGCUCUCGAGCUGGCGAAAGCCAAGGCUAUCCAAGCGAUGGAAUCUGCUUUAGUACUUCGGCGACGUUAUGCGGCGAAAUCUCUUUUAGAAGAAGAGGAGGAAGAGUAUCAAGAUAACGACAAUCAAAACGUAGAAACUGCGUCUGUGAUUAAGGAUCUGACUCGACGAUUGGACGAUCUACAAGCGUGCAAUGAUUUGAUGCUUAAGCAGGGAGCUGCGCUUCAACGAGCUUUAGCCGAUUUGGAAAUGUUAGAGCCUCCGUCCCCCGAAUUAGCAGCGAAAUUCAAGAUUGUUAGCGAACGAGCCACGCUUUUCCGGAUUGCGGCGAAUGCUAUGAUUAACGUAAGUUUCAAAUGAGGUAAUCCAUGUGUAAAAUUGAACGACGCAAAAUAUCGGCAAUUUUUCUUUUCCAC